GCUACGACCCCCACAGUUCAGCUUCUGGGGGGAUAGAAUGUCCACAACGCUUCUAAAAGCGCAAAUUGAGCUGCUGACUUGGUGAGGUAGACGGUGCGCCUUCACUGUAGAGCCUUUAAUCCUGGAAAAACGGGAAGGCGAAGAACUCCCACAGUGUGUGUGUUCACCAGUUACCUCGCCUGUGGAUUAAAGAAACAAAUCAAGAGGCCCUUACAAAAACAACAAAUCCUGUGCCAAAGUGAGACACCUGACCCAAAAUGGAGCAUUCUCAGUCGGAGAUGAACAUUUUAUCCAAUGGUAAAAGUGAAAUGAAAACACAGCUGGACGAGGAUCAAAAUGGCCUGUCACCUGUCAGAUAUGAAGACCCUGAUGGAGCACUGGAAAGUGCAGAGUUUUUACCCAGUGGUGAUGGAAAGAAGCCCAUACGAUUCACAGAUUUUGAAGGAAAGACUUCAUUUGGCAUGUCUGUCUUUAACUUGGGAAAUGCCAUCAUGGGCAGUGGGAUCCUGGGACUGGCCUAUGCCAUGGCUAACACAGGCAUCCUCCUCUUUCUGUUUCUUCUGACCGCUGUAGCUGCCCUGUCAUCUUACUCCAUUCACCUGCUGCUCAAAGCCUCAGGGGUUGUCGGAAUCAGAGCUUAUGAACAGCUGGGGUACAGAGCGUUCGGCACUCCAGGAAAAAUGGCUGCUGGGAUUGCAAUCACCCUGCAGAACAUUGGAGCCAUGUCCAGCUACUUGUACAUUGUGAAAUCCGAGCUUCCUCUCGUGAUCCAGGCUUUCCUGAAGGCCGACCCCAACUCGGAUCUGUGGUAUUUGAAUGGAAACUACUUGGUCAUUAUGGUGUCGGCCAGUGUCAUCCUGCCCCUCGCUCUCAUGAAGCAGCUCG